AUGGAAGCUCUUGAACCUCUGAACAACAUCUUUCCAACUGAAAAAGAUACCCAAUUCUUGAUUAACUAUCUUACCAAAGACCCUGUGCCUCUGUAUUAUGUUGAGAACAUAGUGACCAUCAACAACAGCAUUGCUGAGAUCAAGUUCGUGCAGUAUUACUACAAUGAUGCAACAGAUUUUAUAGAGACUGAGUAUGUCUUUCCAGUUCACAAUGAUUGCACUUUCACCGGACUUGAGGCAAGAUUCGAAGACCAACUGAUUGUCUCAACUAUCAAAUCAAGAGAAAGAGCCAAGGCUGAAUAUGAUGAUGCUAUUGCCAAAGGAGACACUGCAUUUAUUGCCCACCCAUGUAGAAAGUCAAAGGAUAUGAUUAGAAUUCAAAUGGGAAAUUUGCCACCCAAAAGCCAGAUCAUAAUCACUUGAUACUUUCAUCAAGUCAUGGAAGUCGAGGACCUCAGCUGGAAACUUCACAUUCCCAGCAAAAUCAUUCCAAGAUACAUGGGUGAUUUAGAUACAUAUGUCAAAACUGGAAAGCACCUCAAAGGAAUGGUUAAAAGUAUGCAUAAUGAUACUUCAGAACAAAGGCAAGAAGAUAUUGAAGAAGAAAUAUCUGGCUACUACAACUCUAAUUCUUUCAAUUGGACGAUCUGUGUUAACAUCAGCUCACAAUCUCCAAUUCGUAGACUCAUUAGUCCUAGUCAUGAUAUCAAGACAGAAUUUUCUGAUGAUACGCAAACUAAUGUUUGCGUUCAGCUUUGUGAGCCUGGCCUUGACUCGUUCUUUGACAAAGACUUUGUCCUGCUAUAUAGAAGCGAAGAUAUCAAUACUCCCAUGAUUCUAAUGCAAAAGAAAAAUGAUGAAUAUGCUCUAAUGGUCUCAAUGCUCGUUGAUCUUACUUCAAAAGAAGAACUUGAACAAAGGAAAGAUCAAAUUUAUGAAUACAUCGAUUUAGACCCAAAAAUAAAAUAUCAGAAAGAAAUCAAAAAUACUAUGGUGUCUGCUGAGUUUACUUUUGUUCUGGAUAGAAGUUACUCAAUGGAAGGUGACUCGAUAGAGACUGCUAAAGAAGCACUGCUUCUUUUCCUGCAUAGCCUCCCUCUAAGAUCUAGGUUUGAUGUGGUCUCUUUCGGAUCAACCUUUGAAUCAAUCUUUGAAGGAACUGUCGAGUAUAACCAAGAAACUAUGAACAAAGCUUGUGAGAUUAUAAAAGAUUUCAAAGCCGAUCUAGGAGGAACUGAGAUUUUUGAUCCUCUUCACUCUAUCUUUGCUGACAGAGACGAUUCAAAUGGUCUCACCAAGCAUGUCUUUCUUCUGACAGAUGGAGCUGUGUUUGAUCCCGAGCAAUGUGUCGAACUAAUAGAAAAUAAUUCAGGUAAUUUUACUGUGCACACAUUUGGCAUUGGAAAUGGAGUAAGUACUCAACUCAUCACUGAAUGAGCGAGAGCUGGCAAAGGAAAGCAUUACUUUGUGAAGAAUCCAACUUCAGGACUUGAGAGGUCUGUAAUUGAUGCUCUCUGUAAAUGCUUCCAAACUAAGCUUAUAAUCCAAAAGAAAGAUCUAGCUGCAAAUGGAGACAAGCUUUUUGAGCAGCCUCCUUUAGAAAAUUUGAACUCGAGAAUGUAUCAUGGAGAGUAUUUUACCUAUUUCUGAAUCGUUAAUGGAGUAGAUGGUGAUGAACUAAAAGGAUCCUUAUCAUUACAUACCAGAAAUAUUGAAGAUACAAAAGCUAAGAAGCUGUUGGUAGAUCUCAAAGAGGAUGUCAAGUUGAUACCUGGGGAUUUCAUCUUCAAAAUGUUUUGCAAACACCAUAAUAUAGAUCUCCAAAGAAAUAUGGACAACAUCGAUUUGGUUGCUAAAUUAUCAAUCAAAUAUCAAAUCCCUAGCAGAUUCACAUCAUUUAUUGCUUCCAAGAAAUUAGUCAGUAAAAGCGGAAUAGAAUACAAAAACGUUAAAUCUGAUAUCCCGAACAAAAGAGUUCAAUUUGAAGUCAAAACACUCACCGGAAAGUCCAUAAAUAUCGACAUGCUCAACAGCGAAACCAUCCACGAAGUCAAAGAAAUUAUCUUUGUUACAGUAAAAGUUCCUGCGGAUCAACAAAGACUUAUUUUUGGUGGGAAACAACUAGAAGAUAGCAUUACUCUCAGUGAAUAUUUCAUCACAAACGGAAGUGUACUUCAUCUGGUUCUCAGUCUUAGAGCUGGAGGUGGCCUCACCAUCAAAAAUAUGAUCACUAAGAUAGAGAAUAAUGUUGAGUGUGAUUAUGAUACGCUCAAGUUUGGGGAACUGCUCAGCCAAAUUGCUAGAAUGUUUUAUGUAAAUGAAGGAAAGAUUAAGGUCUUCAUCAAUGGAAGAAGAAUCAAUCCCAGCAGAGAAACAGAAAUCAGGAAGGUUGGCAUAGAAUCUGGUGUUAAAGUUGAAUUCUAUUACCCUCAUUAUAAAAACUACGUCAAUAUUCAGAAAGUUGAUGGCUCUUGGGAUGAACAAAUUUUGCAAGAAUGUGACAAAACUGAAGAAGAAGUACUUAAAUCUAUUUAUUACACAGAACACACUCCUGAAAAUGUUAAGAAUGCUGGAGAUAAAGAAGAACAACUCAAAAUUAUGUACACUUGGAUCGGAAUUAAUAGAGUCAAGACUCUAUUCCCAAGCUAUGAGCGAGAAUGGAAGCUUGUAGUUAACAAAGCUGCAGAUUAUAUUGAGAAGGAGACAAAUUUCGGAGGAAAAUAUGAAGAUAUCAACUCAGAUUUAUUCGAGAAAGAAGAUGAAGAAGCAGCAAAGGAGAAAGCUAAGGAAGAUGAAGAAUUUAAUAAAAAACUUGCUCAGAAUUCGGCAUCUACUGAAAAUGCUUCAGACUCAACCAGCGUUGUUGGAAAUACUCAAAGCAAAGAUACUAAAAAUUCACUUCCAAAUAUGACCGAGUCACAAGAGCUCACCCAUCAGGUAAAUGAGAAUGGAGGAGUAAGAGAAGCUCCUUCAAAUGAUACAAUAAACUCUUCCGGUAGCUUCAAGAGAAGCAAGCAUCAGGAAUAGCCUCCAUCUAUCUUCAGUUUUAAUUCAAUCAUUGCC